AUGAUCAGCGGUAUUUGCGUUGUAGCUCUCCUUGCCGCCUUCAGUGUCGCAGCUCCCUCGUCUUCGUCAAGACUGACCUCGCGGGGACAGUUCAACGGUACACGUAGGUAUCCGUCAAAGCUCGGAAAACGGUGCACAGGUACUAUUGCAUCCCUCGCCGAUGUAAGCGCUGCACAGGAGUGCACCACCGUCAUUAUAAAUGAAUUUACAGUUGACGCCGGAGAGACCUUCACCCUGGAGCCCGCCGACGGCGCCACUGUGACCAUGGCAGGGGACGUUACCUUCGCCUUCAAGGAAUGGGAUGGUCCUCUCAUGGUUGUAGAAGGAAAUGAUAUCACCUCUGGACAUACGCUCAACGGCCUUGGAGAGCAAUAUUGGGAUGGUCUCGGUAGUUCUGGAGGCACCACAAAACCUGCACCACUCCUUCGUAUCAACCACGACGGUGGCAGCUUCAGUAAUGUCGUCGUAUUGAACUCACCCGGUCGUGCCACUGCGAUCGGAGGGAAUGGAAUCGUGGUCAGCGAGAUCACAGUCGACAAUUCUGCUGGAGACCAGCCGAACGCUAUGUCUGAUGGCCAACCCGCCGGUGCAAACACAGAUGGAUUCGAUAUCUCGGCUGACGACGUGACCGUUGAAAAUUCUGUCGUUAUGAACCAAGACGAUUGCCUUGCCAUCAAUCGCGGAACCAACAUCAACUUCGAAAAUAAUCAGUGUUCUGGUGGACAUGGUAUUUCUAUUGGCUCUAUUUCCUCUGAUGUAACAGUUUCUGGGAUCACCAUUUCAGGGAACACUGUUUCCAACAGCAUGCAAUGUUUCCGUAUCAAGACCGACGCAACUUCUACUGACUCAACCGUCUCUGAUGUGACUUAUUCCAACAACAAGGCCUCUGGAUGCGAGGAGUUUGGUGUUCUCAUUACGCAGAGUUAUCCGGAUGCUUUGGGAACACCUGGUACUGGGGUAGUCAUUUCGGACAUUACAUGGUCUGGUACAAAUACAGUGUCUGUGAACAGCGAUGCUGAUAGAGUCGAUAUCAACUGCGGGAGCUUAAGCAGCUGUUCAGGAACAUGGGAUUUUUCGGGUCUAACCGUGACAGGUGGAUCUGAGGGUACCAUCCUCAAUGCAGAUGUCUCCGGUGGUAGUUUUUGA